AUGGUGCAACAACCACCCCAGGGAGGGUCGAGAAAGAUCUCCUUCAACGUUUCCGAGCAAUAUGAGAUACAAGAUGUCAUCGGAGAGGGUGCUUACGGUGUCGUCUGCUCGGCUAUCCACAAACCCUCCGGCCAGAAAGUUGCCAUCAAGAAGAUUACCCCAUUUGACCACUCCAUGUUCUGCUUGCGAACCCUUCGUGAGAUGAAGCUGCUGCGUUACUUCAAUCAUGAGAACAUUAUCUCCAUUCUGGACAUCCAGAGACCUCGCAAUUACGAGAGUUUCAACGAGGUCUAUCUGAUCCAGGAGCUGAUGGAAACAGAUAUGCAUCGAGUCAUUCGUACCCAGGACCUGUCUGACGAUCACUGCCAGUACUUCAUUUACCAGACUCUCCGUGCCUUAAAAGCCAUGCACUCAGCCAAUGUGCUGCAUCGUGAUUUGAAGCCAUCGAAUCUGCUUCUCAACGCAAAUUGUGACCUGAAAGUCUGUGACUUUGGUCUAGCUCGUUCGGCUGCAUCGACGGAUGACAACUCCGGAUUCAUGACAGAAUACGUUGCGACUCGCUGGUACCGUGCACCAGAGAUCAUGUUGACCUUCAAGGAGUACACCAAAGCUAUUGAUGUAUGGAGUGUUGGUUGUAUCCUGGCGGAGAUGCUAAGUGGAAAGCCCUUGUUUCCUGGAAAGGACUAUCAUCACCAAUUAACCCUCAUUCUGGAUGUUCUUGGAACACCGACGAUGGAAGACUACUACGGCAUCAAAUCGCGACGGGCCCGGGAAUACAUCCGCUCUCUUCCCUUCAAGAAGAAGAUCCCUUUCAAGGCUUUAUUCCCUAAGAGCAACGAAUUGGCUUUGGAUCUCUUGGAAAAGCUUCUGGCUUUCAACCCAGCGAAACGCAUCACUGUAGAAGAUGCCUUGCGCCAUCCAUACUUGGAGCCUUAUCAUGAUCCCGAUGAUGAGCCUACUGCUCCCCCAAUCCCUGAAGGAUUCUUUGACUUUGAUAAAAACAAGGAUGCUCUCAGUAAGGAGCAAUUGAAGUCUUUGAUUUACGAGGAAAUUAUGCGGUAG